AUGCCUCUUAAUAAAAUAUUACAGUGUGAAGUUCAAGAAGGGCAAACCGUUAGUCCUAAAACCGUCCUUUUUAUCGUUUAUAUUGAAGAACAAGUUAUCAAAAAGAGAAAUUUUCCCUCACAAACUAUUAGAAAGUAUAGUUGGAGUUUGCGAGAAUAUGGAGAAAGAGAAUUAAACACUACUGAAAUCACUAACUUUUUUAAAAAAAAUCUGAUGAAAUAUGAACCUGCUAGUCUACAAUUUCACCGCUGUGCUUUAAUUUCUUAUGCUAAGUUCAAGAAAGUAGAAAUUGAAGUUAGUGAAUUAACUAACAUUCGCCAUUGUGAUUUUCAAGGUGGAAGUUUAAGAAUUCAUGGCAAAGGCAAUAAAGUUAGAACUAGAAAAGCAGGCAUUAACAAACAGAUUAGUCCUCAUACUUUCCGACGCAGUCUUGCUACUAAUAGCAACAAUAAAGAAGUGCGAUUAACUACCAUUCAGAAAGCGUUGGGACACAGUCGGUUGGAUACUACUGCUCGAUAUAUCCACAAUUCUUAUGAAGAAAUCUAUCAAGAUUACAGCAAACUAUGA